AUGGUAGCGUCUGAGCUUUCCGCGUCGCCGGCGCAGCCAGCGCAGUCGCACAUUCCGCACGCGACAUCUUUUGCGACAGUCGCCAGUCCAACAAGCGGUGCUGCGUCCAUUGACGAGCAAUACCUAGAGGUAGCUAGCGUCAGUUCAGAAGCUCGCUCCUGCAUCUCAUGCUUCCUAGAGUUACCUUAUGACUCUCGUCGACGUUUGAUCGCUUUCAAGAUACCCCCCACUCCACAUCAUUUUAUCGUUAUAUAUUUUUCUUUUUCGUCCCUUCACUCACAUGCCCGCUGUCGCUCCAUUCAGUCGCAAGCUCGUCGCUGGCUGUCGCAGACUUUAUCGCGAACUCUUCCCGCCGAUAAGCCGUUGAGCGAUCUGCUAGGAGAUGGCGAAAUACUGCUCGAGCUCGCGUGUUUGGUGCAGCAGCUGCUUGCGCCCGACGUGCCCCCCUCCUCCGCCAGCUUCCCCCUGACGGCGGACUUUGACUCCGCCCCGCCUGCGAACCCCCGCGCGCCCGCUUCCACCGCCGCCACUACCCAGAGUGGUGCUGCUGCGGAGGGUGGUACUGGGGUUAGUGCUGCUGAUGCAGCGGCUGGUGACGACAGCGGCAACGGAAGCGGCAGCGCGAACGGGAGCUGUUCCAGCGAGGAGAGUGGUGGCGCGGCGGGCGGGUCGGGCUUUAAGCGCGCGUACUGGCAUGCGUGCACCAACGUGGAGCGCUUUCUCAAGGUGAGCGGUGGGCUUUCCAUUGCUCUCCUCUCCCGGCCGCGUAGCUCCGAGGGGCGCUCACACUCCCCUCACCUCGCCCGACCUUGUGGGUCGCAGGGACUCUCAGCACCACCAGUCGUCCCUGCGUCCCCUUCCCUCCGAGUCCCCCGCUUCCUCCUCCGCGUUCCUACUCCCCAGGUGUGUCGGCGGGUGGGUCUGAGGGAAGUAUCGCUCUUCACCUCGGACCUCGUGGAUGCAAGACAAGCUCACCGUUCCCUUACGCUCAUGUCCCCUGUGCCCCGUUCAGGUGUGUCGGCGGGUGGGUCUGUCUGA